AGGACAGAUGGCGGAUUCACAGCGAACAUCUGAACCCAUCAACUUUGUGCAUCAAGAUGAAAUCUGGAAAGCACAUGUAAAAGUUGAGAAGGACUCUGCAGAAGUCUGGCCCAACAAGUGGGGGUUCCUGACUGAGACUUACAAAGAGUACGAGAGGGAGAGUGUGAAACUGAAGGAGACGGUCAGAAUGAAGCUACCCCAUCACCUGGCAGCACGACCUCCGACCCCUCCAGAAAAACCCAUCCAAGUUAGCCCCUCUCCUGCAGUCCCUCAGACAACUCAGGCCUUGAUUGGUUGGCGUUCAGGUCCCUCAGAUUUUCAGCUGGAAAAGUAUUGCACGGUGCAUCAUGGGAGGCGUAGUUUUCUGAAGGAGCUGGGCUGGCCUUUCGACUCUUGCAACUAGUUUGACGCCACCCAUUCCUUGUAAUGUUGCCUAAUCACUGACUCAGUAUUGAAUGUGGAGGAAAAACCAGAGGGCUUAUGUGAGCCACGAGGAUGUAGCAUCAAAUAAAGAUAUAAAUAAAACCACAAGAAUAUA